AUGUUUCAGUUUGAUACUAAGUGGGAUGUGGAUAUAACAGCAGAGUCAUUGAAUACUUCAUUGUUUGGCAAACCAAAGAAAUACAAACUCAAAAAGACCACACCAGCGGCAUCUAUCAAUACAUCAUACGUCAGUGCCGUUCUUGAUAGUGAUGAUGAACAGUACACAAAGAAAGAUAAGAAAAAGUUGAAGAAAAGAAGGAAGAAAAACAAAGAUCAUGACAAAACAGUUGAAAUAAGUUCUGCAGAUUUGAGCCAGGGCUUUGAUGUAGAUAGCAAGAUAGCGGACAAAAAGAAAAAUGUGAAAAUCAGUGACAAGGUCACCAAAAAUUCUCAGCAGAAAAAGAAAAUUAACGUGUCGCCUGAAAUCAAAUUAAAAUCAAAUGUUGCUAAUGCAAAGCCCAAGAAAGUGAAAAAGGACAGCAAACGUCAAGAACCAAAAUUAAACACUCCAUCAGAAGAAAGAUUAUUAGAAAAGAAAAACAAGAAGAGGAAACGAUCAUUGUCACAAAGCACAGAUGAUUUGGUCGGUAAUAAGAAUAAAAAAGCAAAAGUUUUAGAGCAUGAAAAAAGCACUGUAGCCACUGGUGAUGUUGCUGAAUCAGAAGAGGGAAAGAAGAAGAGAAAAAGAAAUAGAAAAAAGAAAAACAACAGCAAAAAGAAUAAGUACAAACAUCUAGCCUUAAACUCAAAAAGCAAGGCUCAAAACUCAGAUAUUUCUCAGGGCAGUGAGCUUUCAAGUCAAAAUUUAAAAUCUACAGUUGAGAAACCAAGUGUACACUCUUCUAAGUUGAGUGAACGAUCUCAGACACUAGAUUCUACACAAUCUUAUGACCAUAUUCAGAAAAACACAGACAGUUCUAUAGAUACCAUUUUGCCAGACAGUGAAGUUUUAGUUCAGAAACAAAAAAAAAAUAUUGACAAUCAUACAGGUAGCUCAACCAUGGAUUCACAGAUAAAAAGUAAAAGCAAAAAGAGAAAAAGUGUCCCGGACGAUCAAACAGGUAGCUCAACCAUGGAUUCACAGAUAAAAAGUAAAAGCAAAAAGAGAAAAAGUGUCCAGGAUAAUCAUAUGCCGUCCACAAAAAAGUUGGAACAAGGUAACAAUAAUUCAAAUGAUGAAACAACUGUAACAAGUUCAGAUGUUCAGCCAGCUACCAGAACAACAAAGUCUGAUGAGCAGAACUCAGUCAAGCCUGGCAUUUCUCUGAAGAAUAAAAAGAAGCAGCAAAUGUUGCUAAAAUUGCUAACCGGCACACCAAUUAAAAAAGGCAGCUCGGAUGUAAGUAAUAAAAAAGAUUCCAUUCCAGAUAAAAAGAACAGAAAAAUUCCUUUAGAAAAUGGCUCCGCUGAUAACAAUAAAAAUAGCAUUAAACAAGGCAAGAAGCUUGAAAGCAUAUCUGAAGAUGCACUUAAGAAGCCUACACUGGAUUCUGCACGCUUCCGGUACAUCAAUGAACAGUUGUAUUCCUGCACUGGUGGUGAUGCCAUGAAGCUGUUCAAAGAGGACCGAGCUGCUUUCGCUGUUUACCAUGAGGGCUUUCAGAACCAGGUUCACAAAUGGCCGGUGAACCCUCUUGACAUCUUCAUUAAACAAAUCAAAGACAAGCCCAAGAAUCUUGUUAUCGCAGAUUUUGGCUGUGGCGAUGCCAAGCUUGCUGAGAACAUCCCGCAGAAAGUGCAUUCUUUUGACCUGGUAGCUCUGAACAACAGGAUCACAGUCUGUGACAUGUCCAAGACUCCCUUGCCAGGUGAACAAGUGGAUAUAGCCAUAUUUUGUUUGUCUCUCAUGGGAACCAACAUCACUGACUAUAUCCUGGAGGCCAACAGAGUUCUGAAGACAGGUGGGUUGCUGAAAAUUGCAGAAGUUGUCAGUCGUUUUAGUGGAUUGAGUCGAUUUAUAGAAGGGGUUUGCCACUGCGGCUUCCAGUUGCUAAACAAGCGAGACACAAACCAGAUGUUUUACUUGCUGGACUUCAAGAAGAUCAAACCAGUAAAGAAAUCAGCAUCUAUUGGCCAGAUCAAGCUGAAGCCUUGCAUCUAUAAAAGAAGAUAA